UACUAACCAUACACUGUUUCUCACUGUUAUUGAAUUUGUAUUGGAACUAGAAGAUAAAAAUGGCGACUGUUUGUACGAUAAAGUAACUUUGUAUGAUGGUUAUGAUAGUUCCGCGCCAGUUCUAGCAGAAUUAUGUGGAACUAUACCUGCCGGCACGACAUACCAGACAUCUGGUGAUACGGUGUAUGUGGUAUUUUAUUCAGACGUAACAAAGACAUUUAAAGGUUUUCAAAUGUCAGUGAAGUCUGAUGGACCAACAACAACAACGUCUACAACUACAACUACAACCAUGUCAACAACUAGCACAACUACAACGCCUACAGCCACGACUACAACUAGUAGCACAGCUACAGCACCUACAACCAGGUCAACAACUAACACAGCUACAACACCUUUAACCACGUCAUCAACUAACACAGCUACAAUACCUUCGACGACUAAAGCAGAGAGCAGCCAGACAACUUCUCCUAAAACUCUAUCAACACCUUCUCCAACGUCAGUCCCAUCGACAUCACCAAUCAUCUCAACUAAGGCUACUGCUCUAAAAGCAACAACUGCACCAAUCAGCCAGGCUUUAAUGGACAUAUCCCAGCAACAAAAGAAGCCUGGAACUUUACUAUUACUUUUAUUAAAAUUAAACGAAUAGAUUGUGUGAACUGUAAAGAGUAACGAUGACUGAAAUUGAUGAAUAAAUAUAUGAUCAUCAGACAUGUUCGCAAUUAAAUAAGGUUUUAUUUUCUUUCGGAUUAAUACUUACUAACUUAAAUAUUGUGUUUAUAGAUUACAUCAAUACAUACGCUACUUAAGGA